AAAUAGUUCGUGAUAGAAUAUAGAGAGAUGUAUUGCUAAAGCAACAAAAUAUAGAAAAAAGAAGAAACGGCGAAACAAGGCGGAGAUAGAGAGCAUUUGUUAGGGCCACGGAUUCUUUGCAGCCAUUCAAUGCUCCACCAAACGCUCGUCUCCUUCCCCUUUUCUUCAUCCUCCGUUUCCCCUUGCACUAUUCCGCUUUCUUCCGCUUCUGCGGGGUCGGCGUCAUCAGCCUUGCCGCUUUUCGCCGGUCGGCUUGUAUCUCCCCCGCCGCCGUACCCGCGCUCGUCUCAGGUUGAGAUGACGACAAUAGAGGAUAUGCUCGCCUCGGCGCGUGAUCAGGGGUUUCUACCCGACGAGGUCGAAGAUUUAUUGUGGUCGGCGGACAGGGGGAAUCCUCUUGGAGAGGAAUUCCAGGUCGAAGACCUCCUUGACCUUAGAGGUCUUCCAGAGUCUGAAGAAGAUGAGGAGGCUCCGAGAGUCACGGAAGCCAGCUUCUCUCCGCCGAAACCUUCUCCUUGUGUAGAUAAUGAGCCUCUUGGGCUGUACACGGAAAUAACUUUCGCUCUUGCUGAGACCGAUGCGGCUUCACUUGAAUGGCUCUCACGUUUCUGCGACGACGAUUGUUCCAAGGAGUUCCCCUCUCCUUCUCCUCCACCGUCGCAUUUAGGCAUGCUGCCUUCCCUCCCAACUCAAAUUCCCCUGUCGAAAUACUCUUCCGCCGGCUCUCAAACGCUGGCGCCGGUUCCGGUACCAUCGCUGUACAGUACGGCCACGGCGGCCGGCAGCCUCUCAACAGAAGCUCUCGUUCCCGUCAAAGCCAAGCGAAGCAAACGCCUCCGCGGCAGCGGCUGGUCAUGCUCUAGCUCUGUUAAACUUUCUGACUCUUCCCCCACCUCUUCCAUCACCACCUUAAGGACCGCAUCACCUUCUCCUUCCUCAUCAUCAUCCUCGUCAUCAUUUAACUCUUACAUCUCGUACGAACCCCCUCCCUUCACCGGCUUCCUCCCUGACGACAGCUCAGCCCCUCCUAAACCCCAGAAACCCAAAAAACGAGGUCGGAAGCCAAAGAACCCCAUAAUCUCACCCGCAGAGAGACGUUGCACGCACUGCGGCGUUCACAAGACGCCACAGUGGCGCGCUGGUCCUCAGGGUGCCAAAACACUCUGCAACGCCUGCGGCGUCCGCUUCAAGUCCGGCCGGUUGCUUCCCGAGUACCGGCCGGCUUGCAGUCCAACGUUCGUCAGCAACAUCCACUCCAACAGCCACCGAAAAGUACUCGAAAUGCGCCGGAAGAAGGACGAUCAGGUCCUCGUCUCCUCCGCCCCGCCGAUCAGUACCUGCUGAUCAAACCCGGCCCGAAAAGCCGGCCACAUCUUUUGGUCCUCUCCUCUUGUAGACCGGAAUAGUUUAACAUACCGUAACGGUCUGGUAAUUUAGGUAGGAUUUGUAUUAGCUUUCCCUUAUUUACUAGGUUUUGGCUCUUUUUUUCCACCUUUUCUAGGAUUCUUAGUUACGAGGGAGGAUUUGGGUCAAUGUACGCUUCCAGCUGUUUCAUUUAUUGUUAGUAGUAGGUUUAGGAAGGAGAAAGAUAUAAUAGAUUUAGUCUGACCGUUUUUUAUUCGCUAAAUUAUAUCGGUUAGUUAUAUCAUUUGUAAUAUUUUUCAUCCAUAUAUAAAUAGUUCAAUUCAUCUUCA